AUGUUACGCUACAAUUUUCUUGUACUUCAGCUCACUGCACUCACUCUUGCCAUCAUCGCCAUCACAACUAGCUCAUGGGAAAAAGUCAUUCUCAAAGAUGACGAUGCUCUUCAAACUAUCUAUCAUUCACCACUCUUAACUACACUUACCACGCCUAUUCCACCUCCAUCCACUCAACCUCACAAUGUCACUGGCUAUAUUCUGACCAUCAACUCAGGAUUGAUGGAUAUUUGUGCACAUCUACAACAUCCCGCCCAUCUCUACCGGUCACCACAACGAUGUAAACAAACUGUGGCACGACCUUCUAUCGGUCUAGCCAUCAUCGGAGUGAUCUUUGUUGUCAUUGGCAUUGCUUGUACUGGAUUCGCCGAUGAAGAGGUGUAUGGCGAUCGACAUAUUCGUUGGUUAUGCUACGGGUCAGCACUAAGUGUUGCAUUGGGUGGUCUUCUACUGUUCACAUGUCAUUGGACAUAUUCGCUAAGUUCUGAGCUACAACUACCGACGGCGUUUGUUCGAUAUGGAUAUUCGACAUAUAUGAUAGUGACGUCAGCCGUAUUGAGUUUACUUUCGAUGGGUCUUGUAUUAUGGAGAAUCUAUCUUUGUAGGGAUCGUUACAAUCAUCAUCAUCGUCGUGGGCGAGUGAGAAGUGCUAGACAAAGACGACGGCAGCAGAGUGUUUUUCGAUGA